AUGGGUUCAAUCGUUCUGCCUCAUUUGCAAACAGCCUGGCAUGUAGACCAGGCCAUCCUCUCUGAGGAGGAACGCCUGGUGGUGAUCCGGUUCGGGCGCGACCAUGAUCCCGACUGUAUUCAACAAGAUGAACUGCUCUACAAAAUUGCUGAGCGGGUUAAGAACUUUGCGGUUAUCUACCUAUGCGAUGUCGACCAAGUCCCGGAUUUCAACCAGAUGUACGAACUUUAUGACCGAAUGACAAUUAUGUUCUUCUAUCGCAACAAGCAUAUGAUGUGUGAUUUCGGCACGGGAAACAACAACAAGUUAAACUGGGUGCUGGAAGACAAGCAGGAAUUGAUCGACAUCAUCGAAACAAUUUACAAAGGUGCAAAGAAGGGUCGUGGUCUGGUGGUCAGCCCGAAAGACUACUCUACCAGAUACCGAUACUAA